GCUCAGCCAGCGUCGUAGCGCAGACAGGCAGAAGAAGAAGACGGAACGAUGGCAAUGCAUUUGAUAAUCGUCGCUAUGGUCACAUUCGUGACCUUAAUAAGAGGUGAGCAUCUGGUGAUCAUAGCGGGGAAAACAAUUGCCGAAGUGGGGACCCUCACUGUGAUCGAGUGUCAGAGCUCAGGGUGUGACGCUCCAGAGUACUGGUGGUCCACAGUGCAAGACAUUCCCAUGCCGGGGUCACCCGAAAACAACCGGAUCAACGUUACCCCCAAAGUGGAGGACGAUGGCUACCUUUACGUGUGCAAUGCGAAGUGCGGAAACGAAAUAAAACAAAAACAGACGAAGCUGAUCGUGUUCGCGCUCCCUUCACCUGCGAUUCAAGUUAAAAACUGCAUGGAGGACGGCGUGCCGGCGGUGACUCUGACGUGCAGUGUAGACGGCGUGUACUCGCAGACAGGAGCGACAAUCCAGUGGCUUCACGGGGACAGAGUACUGAAGGAGGAAGAAUUUGGUGAUUCCGCUGUCACAUCGGAAUACAGGAUGUCCCCACAGAACACAGAAGUUGACAUUGUCUGCAGAGUGACAGUACUUGUUGGCGACGACGAUGACAAGAAAACAAUAACCAAAUCAAGCAGCAUUUUACCAAGUGAUCUGUGUAAAUAUGAGGUGAUCAUACCGAGCGAGACAAUUGCCGAAGUGGGGACCCUCACUAUGAUCAAGUGCCGGAGCGCAGGGUGCGACUCUCCAGAUUAUUCGUGGUCCACAGUAGAAGACAUUCCCAUGCCGGGGUCAUCUGAAAAUAACCGGGUUAACAUUACCCCUAAAGUGGAGCACGAUGGCUACCUUUAUGUGUGCAAUGUGAAGUGUGGACGCGAAACAAAACAGAAACGGACGAAACUGACGGUGUUCGCUCUCCCUUCACCGCCUGUGAUUCAAGCUAAAGACGGCACGGAGGACGGCUCGGCGGCUGUGACUCUCACGUGCAGCGUGGACGGCGUGUACUCAAAGAGAGGAGUGACAAUCCAGUGGCUGCACGGGGACAGUUUACUGAAGGAAUUUCACGAUUCCGCUGUGACAUCUGAAUACACGUCGGAAUACAUGGUGUCCCCAAAGAAUGGAGAGGGUUACAUUGUCUGCAAAGUGACAAUACUUGUUGGCGACGAUGACAACGACCAACAAAUAACUAAAUCAAGCAGCAUAUCACUAAGUGACCUGUAUGCUCCGUCGCAGGUUCGCAUCUCAGUGUCUCCGGACAGCACCGUGAGAGAAGGCGACAUGGUGAACCUCAGCUGUGCUGCCGACAGCAGAUGGCCACCUCAGAUACGAUGGAGCCGAAGACUCGCCAACGGGCAGUUUGAAAAAGUCUCCGAUGACGCCGUGUUGCUGAUCGAUGAGGCGCUGCAGACUCACGGCGGGACGUACCGGUGCGAGGCUUUCAGUGUGUACGGGAGCAGCUCGGCUAACAUCAGCGUCACUGUUGAAGCUGCCUCUUUCGAAGUUGAAACCCGGCCUGUGCAAGGCAAGACCACUGUGAUGCUAGGAAGCCCCCUGGAUGUGAUUUGCUGUGCCGAUAGUUGCUCUUCUCCACACUUUAACUGGACUAAACAAACGGACAACUCUUCAAACGCCAGUACUCUGGCUCCGGAGUCCCGGCUCUCAUUCCCAGCCGUCAGAGUGGAGGAUGGAGGUGCUUACCUCUGUGAGGUCAGGUGUGGAUCUGUGAGGAAAUCCAGUCGCAUUCAGAUCACGGUCUAUGCUUUUCCUCAGGAUCCUGUCAUUGAAUCUGUCGGUAUCUUCCUGGAAGGAGAAGAAGCUACUGUCACCUGCACCAUCCAAGAUGUGUACCCGGCCAGCAGUAUGGAGAUCCAGUGGCUGGAAGGAGAAACAAUUUUAGAGUCCCACAGAGGAAGAGGUGCUGUGGUGCAGAACGUCACCUCCUGCUAUAAGUGGGCCCCCAAAGCCGAGGACAGCAUGAAGCAAGUGUCCUGCAGAGCCGUGCUGCACGUGGACGGGAUACCAGAGGAGCAAAGAAGCAGACUGGCUGUGGCGGACAUCGAUGUGUUCAUCCCACCCAGGAACACGACUGUGCAGGUCCAUCCAUUAACUGAGAUUCAAGAGGGAGAAGACGUCACCAUCUUCUGCCAAACGAUCAGCUACCCCCCCUCGACAAUGACCUUAAAGAAAGUUGGGGACAGCGCCACCUACUCUUCAAGCGACGGGAACUUCUCGCUUCACAACCUCACACUAAAAGACUCGGGCCGCUAUGAGCUGAAUGUCACCAACCAGGCGGGGUACGAGGUUGAAGUUAUCGAGAUUACAGUUGAACGCAGACUUGAACCCCUGCAGUCUCCCCCUUUUAUGGCAAAAAUCAUCGUGCCCACUCUGUGUUUGGUGACGCUGGCGUUGGCGUCUUUUUUCAUUUCGAAGCUGAUGAAGAAGCUACGCACCAAGGGGACAUAUGAAGUCACCGAGCUGAUGACCAUGGCAGUAAAGAGAAGACAUGGCACUUAUGUAGAACUUUUCAAGAUACGUAAAGUGCUUUACAUUGAGACUGGGGAGCCACUUCAGCCUUCACCAAUGAGCAGCACCCACUUGGACGACGUGGCAGCCGCCAUUUUUGCGUCAAACUUUAUGUGUGAGAUGUCCCCGUGUUUUCUGUCGGUAUUUCCUUUCCUCUUUUGCUCUAUAAAGGGCGUUUCAUCAACCAGCCGGUCGCAGACGCACAAGCGCAGGCAGACGAGGAUUAAACGGCAACCGCUCCAGCUGCAGAGCCCGCAUUCUUCUCGGACUUUCGUGCUCUUCGCCGGCAGCUCCACUGGGCUCUCACGGUUACUAAAGAUGGCUUUUAAACUGACGUUCUCUCUCUGGGUGAUUUUGCUGUGUGACGUAAUUGCAGGUGACGAACAGGAGAUCAUCCCGAACAAAAUCGUCACCAGAGCGGGACGCCCCACCGAGUUCGAGUGCCGCAGUCACGACUGCAGCUCUCCGCUGUACGUCUGGUCCACCGUGAGCGACGACUCGCUGCCGGGAAAAGUGGAUAGCAACCGGGUGACCGUCACGCCGACGGUGGAGAACGACGGCUUCAUCUACGUGUGCACGGUGAAGUGCGGGACCACCAUCAGACAGGGCAGCACAAGGCUGGUGGUCUUCGCUCUCCCUGAGCAGCCUGAGAUUAAAGUCGAGGGUCCUCUUGCAGUGGGUCAAGAAGUGAAGCUCACCUGUGAGGUGACUGACGUGUACGGCCCCGACGCCAUCACAAUCCAGUGGCUGGAAGGAGGGCGUGUCGUGAAGGAGGACGAGGAGCCCCUCGAUGGGGAGGUGCGCACCGUGAGGUCCUCGCUGACCGUUGUGCCGGUGGAGGAGGACGAUGAGCGGAGCUUCAUUUGCAAGGCCACUUUGGUGAUGGAGGGACUUCACGGAGAAGACGCCCAGAACUGCAUCAGCAGCAGCUUUCCUUUAAGUGUGCCCUUGCCACCUAAGAACACCUCCAUCUUCGUUUCACCCAGCCACAUCCUCAAGGAAGGGGACAUGCUGACCAUCACUUGCGCCACCCGCAGCAACCCAAAGGCGGCCAUCAGCCUGUGGAGAAAACCAGAAAGUGGAGGUCGAGAGCCGCUGGCGGCCAAAGCAGCUUCUUAUACACUGGAAAGUGUCCAGUUGGAAGACGCGGGGGUCUACGAGUGUGAAGCCAUCAACAGAUUUGGCAAUAGCACCGUCGACAUCAAGAUUUCUGUUCAAGUCCCACCCAGAAACACGACUAUUCUGGUUCUUCCAUCCGCCGAGGUGGAGGAAGGAGAGAACAUCACCAUCUCCUGCCACACCAUUGGCUACCCACGGCCAACGAUGACCUUGAAGAAGAUGGGGAACAGCACCUCCUACUGCUCCAGCAACGGCACCUUCGAGCUGUACUUCCUGACAGAGGACGACACCGGGCUGUACGAGAUGAACAUCACCAAUGACGUGGGGUACGAGGUCCAGACAUUCAACAUCACAGUCGAGCCCAGAGUCGAAGGACAGAAAAGCCCACCUUACCGAGCAGAAAUCCUCGUCCCUGUCAUCUGUGUGUCUGCACUUGUCUCUGUUGCACUUGGAAUUUUGUACCCGCUGCUGAAGUCGAGGCUCACAGGGGGCUAUCAGCCCACCUUAAGUGGCCCACAGUCCCUCUAGAGGUGAUGCUGCCAGCGAGCCCAGAACCCCGGCAUUUCCGUUGGACCAUUAAGGCCUUCCUGUGGGUUUCUGCUCUGGGCAAGUGGCUGUCAUCUUAAAAGGUCUUCUGCGGGGUCAGCCCGGAGCUAUAAAAAGAAAAACCAUAAAAUAAACCUGGCAGCUCGCCCCCCUUUUGUCCAUUGUGUGAAGACUGAAAGAAACGCCGCGCCACAGGGUGCCACUCGACGCGGGCUCAGCCUUUGUGAAUGAGCAUUGUCAGCGAAGCGGGCACAAUAAAGACACCAUUGAAAGGGGUGGCACGGGGAGGCCAGAUGGCACCAGAGCACCCAGCAAUGUGGCACCGCUUGUAUUCCCGAGGACGCCCGGCAUGUACGCGGCGAUGAGUCUGUGAGAAGGGGACGAGGAGAGCAGAAGGCGGCUGAGCCGAGUUAAGUCGUCUCUAAUGAGCCCAAAGGGAAAGAAGAGAGAUGGACGACUGUGGACGUCUCAAACCAGCACAGUGGCAGUGGACUCCACCCAGGAAAAAAAACAAUAAAUAGAGCGGAAGAUAAAUAGACCCUGAAACAAGACGUGAAGGAUGGAGAGACGUGAAAGGCACUAUAUAACACCAGACAGAGAUAUGAAAGGCACUAUAUAACAUGACACAUAGAGACACAUGUGAAAGGUACUAUAUAACACAUAGGCACAUACAGAGACAUGUGGAAGGCACUAUAUAACACAUAGGCACAUACAGGGACAUGUGAAAGGCACUAUAUAACACCAGACAGAGAUAUGAAAGGCACUAUAUAACACAGAUCGACAUGAAAGGCGCUAUAUGUUAAACAGAAAAGAGGAGCUAUAAAACAAACUGAUGUGAAAAUCAUUAUAUAACAGAUGUGAAAGGCAUUAUAUACUGUAUAUGGCAAAGAUAGACAGAUGUGAAAGAAACUAUACAAUGAACAGAUAGUUGUGAAAGGCAUUAAGUAACAGAGGUAGAUAUGAAAGGCACUAUAUAACAUACUGACAGAUAGGAGAGGGACUAUAUAAAUGAUAGAUAGGCAUGAAAGGCACUAUAAACAGGAACAGACAGACGUGAAGGGCGCAACACAACACUCAGACAGAGCCGCCUUAAUGAACCUCCCAUCCAUCACCUCACCUUCCCUUUUCUAACGGGCUUCUCUGGCAGCAGCGGACCACAAGGCAGGACUCUGACGGGCCGUUUUUAAGUUUUCGAUUGCCAAACAAUGUGAAAUGUGCUCAACAUUUUAAUAAAC